AUGGCGCACCUGUCCCUCCACAGGGCCACGGAGCUGCUGCAGGCCCACACUGGUGCCGCAGCACUGCUGGAGGUGGCUGGCACCUUCUGCGGCGCCGUCUACAGCGGCUACGAGUUGGUGCUGUUGUUGCUGUUGAGGCCCUCCAACGUUGAGAAUGUGCUCCUAAACAGGUCGAGCACGCUGGCGGCUGUGUGGCUGGUGCUGCACACAGUGCGGCUGGCUGGGCUGUCGCUGUCGUGCGGGCUGGCUGCUGGGGAGGCGCGACGCACGCAGGUGGUGCUGGCCCGCGCCGCUGCCCUCCUGGCCCCAGCCGCGGCGCCGCUGGAGCUGCGCGCCUUCCAGCAGCAGUUGGCAGCCCUGCCCGCGCAGCCCUUCACCGCCGCCGGCUUCCUCACCAUCGACAGGGGGCUGUUCACCUCUGCUAUCGCUACCGCCGUCUCCUACCUCAUCAUUAUCGGUCAAAUGAUAGAAAAAUAG